AUGGCUCCUCUCUUCAGUCCCUCCAGCUUUGGCCGUUUCAUAGACAGCCAUAGCCGUCUGAAUACCGGUUCAUCGCAAAAGUCAACGAUAUCUUCGCCGAUGCCAUCGCCUGCGCAUUCACAACCUCCACCAGAGCCAAUGGCAACAUUGCUUAUUGGCCCCAAGCAACAUCGCUUCAAGGUCAAUAAGCGACUGAUAUGCGCUACCUCGCCAUUCUUUGCUGAGCGGUUCGGUGACCCGUCAAGCUCGAAAUCGAUCUCAUUAUGGCUCCCCCGCGAAUCGUCUUCUAUGUUCAGUCUCUUUGUUGAUUGGGUUCACCUGGGCCUCCGUUUUCGUCCACACCUCGAGGAGAUGAUCUCAAAUGCUUACGAUGCCGGCCCUGAGACCUGUCAGGAUAUUCACUGGUGUCUGAUUCGGCUGCAUCUCUUUGCAUCUCGCCUUGGUCUCUAUCGCCUCCAAGACCUUGCCAUGGACGCCAUCCAAGACCUCUACCUCCGCUGCGACUGGGAUGUUCCCUCGGGACUUAUUAGAUUCCUUUACACCGAAUGCGAGGACCUUGCUGCCAUUCGACUCCGACGAUGGGCUGUUGCAAUGGUUGCAUUCUCUUUCACUGGCGGACCGCGUCUGACAUUUGACCCUCAAGAAGAAUCUGCGACCUCGGAACCCACUCGAUUCAGCGAUCUGCUUGAACAGCUCCCAGAAUUUGCUGCUGACUACGACAUCCACAUGGAGAAGAUGCGACUUUCUGGGCUUGAUAUUCGCUUCAAGAACCCACAGCUGCGCAUUCCAGCCAACCGUCUCCGCAAUGAUGAGCGUGCCUUUGGGUUCCGUCAAUGUUCAUUUCACUCACAUCGAUCAAGUGUCGGCGAGCGCCGAUGCCCUCAUGAGUCUGGUUCAACAAAACACUACCGUGUUCGCCGACAGUCCAAAGAGCGAAGUCCAGAGUCUACCGGACUCUCUGCUCCCAACCGGAAGUAUCGCGACGUUGUCCCCAGGCCGCUCUUUUCAGGGCCAACAGACUCGGAUAUCGAAGAGGAUGACGAUGACGAGAUUUCGAAGGCGAUAAAGCAUGUGAGAUCGAUCUCAAGCACGCUCAAAUCAUGA